UCGCUCAUGGUAGCACAAAACGUAUUCUAUCUUUACGUUAAAGCGGAAUGGAAACGGAAAAUGUCCGGGACUGUCUCCAAGCGAUAAGCCGAAGCCUGCUAGUCUGCGCGCGGCUUCAAGCGUGGAGCUCUCCCGCUUCCACGGCCAUGGCAGCCCCCGCCAAGCUUACCCUUCUCCUCCCAACCACCCUCACCUCUACUGUUUCCUUCCCCAGCCGCGUCGUACUGAAGCCAUUCCCUCCGCUGCAACGCCUCGUAGUUGCCGCUGCCGCCUCCUCGUCGUCCUCCCAAACCUUGUUAUCGUCCCCCUCGUUGGAAACACCGGAGGCGAGGCAGAUACGUCUAGAGACGGAGUCCGCCCUGGAAUGGGGCAGCGUAUGCGCGCGGCUGGCAGACUUCGCCGCCACCUCCGCCGGCCGUGCCGCCUGUGUGGAAGGUCGGGUCGCCGUCGGGCGGAGCCGGGAGGAGAGCGAGAGGCUGAUCGAGCAGACGGCCGCGGCGGUGCUUUUGUCGGCGCCACUGGACUUCGGUGGCGUGGAGGACGUGUCCGCGGUCGUCGCCGCGGCUACCGGUGGGCGGUUGCUCGCCGUGCGAGAGAUUUGUGUAGUCGGGCGCAGCAUCCGGGCCGCCCGCGGAGUAUUUGAUCAAUUGCAGAGCCUCGCCCAGGAAACGCAAGACGGGAGGUGA